ACCCCUUCCCCCCAUUUCCAUUUCAGCAGCUAGCCGCUUGCCUGUUAUCCCUUUAAGCCUGUCUGUCUGCACUGUAAUGAUAGCUGUUUGUUCUUCCUGGGACGUGUCCAUUAGAUCAGCAAUAAUGCCAACCUGUCUCAUUGUGUUACAUAGAAAGAAACCUUAACUAUAUUUAUUUGUAUCCCUUUAUUCUUACUAGUGGUGCAGAGCUACUCCACAAGUCACAAAAUACAAAAUAUACACUGUCUGGGCCAUCUUUAUAGCUUUUUUAAUGACACACAUUCAAGCUUCUGUAAUGUCACAUUUAUUUCUGUCAGGAUUGCAUAGAUUAAGAAAUCUAUAUAUUUUGUAUUGAUGGCGGGAGAUGAACAAAGUUGUCCCCACUGUCCUGCCAUGUUUUCACGAUGCCCUGGACAGUCUCCUUUGAUGUUUUCUCUGUUUGAUGCAUGCCAAUAAUUUGAUGCUUCUGAAACAGACUUAACGUCUUUUGCAAUCAUAGGAUUUUGUCCUUCGUCAUGGUUGUUUAACAAAGGAGAAACGACUCACCAAAUAGUCUGCUGGCAGCUGGAACAUGCAGUAAUUAUCCAAUGGAAGGCUCUUGACUAUUUGCUUAGUUAAAUCCAGGUGGCAGUAGUUUUUUUUUUUUUUUUUAGGAGAGGCAGUGUAUUAUUACCAUGCAAGUUAAUAUGGAAUUAAAGGAACAGUCUACCCCCACAUCUGUUUGUCAUCCUCCAUUAACCAGAUCACAGCUGAAUGCACAACUAGAAGGCUGGCUGUCUCAAGCUCAGUCCACAAUCAAACCCGCCAGAGCCAUCAUAGCUCCGCAUGCAGGGUAUACCUACUGCGGUGCUUGUGCCGCACAUGCCUACAAGCAGGUUGACCCCUCUGUUACUCGUAGGGUGUUCAUCCUGGGACCCUCUCACCAUGUGCCCCUCUCCCGCUGUGCCCUGUCACCAGCAGACGUCUAUAGAACACCUCUGUACGAUUUGAGAAUCGACCAGAAGGUUUACGCCGACCUCUGGAAAACAGGGUUGUUUGAGCGGAUGAGCAUGCAGACGGACGAAGACGAGCACAGUAUCGAAAUGCACUUGCCUUACACUGCUAAAGCCAUGGAAAGCCACAAAGACGAAUUCAGCAUCGUCCCCGUGCUUGUGGGCGCUCUGAGCGAGUCCAAGGAACAGGAAUACGGGAAGCUGCUUAGCAAAUACCUGGCCGACCCUUCUAACCUUUUCAUCAUCUCCUCGGACUUCUGCCACUGGGGUCAGCGGUUCCGUUACACGUACUACGAUGAAGCUCAAGGGGAGAUCCAUAGGUCUAUUGAGCAUCUUGAUAAAAUGGGAAUGGGCAUUAUAGAGCAGUUGGAUCCCACGUCUUUCACCAACUACUUGAAAAAGUACCGCAACACCAUUUGUGGACGUCACCCGAUUGGAGUGCUACUAAAUGCUGUAGCUGAGCUGAGGAAGAACGGUUUAGACAUGAACUUCAAUUUUCUGAACUACGCUCAGUCGAGCGAGUGCAGGAACUGGCAGGAUAGCUCCGUGAGUUAUGCAGCGGGGGCGCUCAUCGUUCAUUGAGGUUGACGAUCGCAGGGGUCACUGCAGCAAAAGCAGCCCUGCUGCCCUUUAUUAUCUAUCGCCAUAACCUGACCUAAAAACAGCCCCCCCCCCCCCCCCCCCCCCGUCCCCUCACCUUACUCCUCCAAUCAACGCCUACUAUUUGCAGGAAGGACCUGGACACGCCAAGGCAAUAGUCUUUUGGCUUAUUAUGAGGAUUAUUAUUAUAAUUAUUAUUACUGUAUGAUCAUGUGUGGAAAGGGGGUCCGAUUUGGGCUCUUUGGGUUCCUCGUCUCUUUUAUGACCUCAUUAUGGAUUAGCAUUGUGAAAAGCAAUCUUCAUUGGGACACAAGGCGGCCUGUGCUCAUGUAAUCUUCCUCACUAAAGGAAUGAAAAUGAAUCCCCACAUCAUCAUGGGAACCAAUAACUGCAGUGUUGCUCGAUGUGUAACUCCAACCAUAAACCAGUUUCAUAGACAAUAACUACCAUUACUCAACAUACAAUGUGUUGGAGUUUCUAACAAAAGGGCUGCAUUGACAUCACUAACCCCCCCCUACAAAACCAAAAACACACUUCUAACUCUCAUAUUAUCUUUUAUUCACAUUUGAUUACUCUUAUUUAUCCCUUUUGCUAGUUUUAGUAGGUGUGGUAUUAUUGACUGAAUACUAUGUAGAUUUCAACACCAACAGUGUUGUCACAGAUGCUUUUUAGUUAUUAACAGAACUGACCCAGUGAACUAGUGCUGCAUAAAAGCCCGACUUUGCUUUAUCAAUAUGAAUUCCCACAAGCAGACUAUGUGGUGCGAUACCAAAAUAAUGAAAGCUGCAAAUGGAGUCGCCCUGUUGUAAAGAAACUAUAAAGAUUUGUUUUUAAAUUGUACGAACUAUUAUUGUAAUACUUCAGUAGCAACAAUCUGCAUUUAUUUUAUUAUGUUUUGGUUAAAAAUGUCCAAUCUUAAAAGAUGAUUGAAUGUUUUGGCUUUGUGUGUGAUAAAAUUCCAUUUGGAUUUGAUCUCAGUAUCGGUAGCAAAGAAUGAUGAAUUCUGUAUUGGAAUUUGUUAACAGGCGGCAUUUCGGAUUUUACGCGCUGUAUUUUGAAUUGAUCAGCUUUGAUAAUAUCCGCGCAAUGAAAUGUGUACCGUUAUGAGGUAUGGAAGUACACACAAUGCAAGCUGUAACUCAAUUAUGAUGGCAGCAUGGACUUAAUGGCAAUAUAUUCCUGGCAGCGCACAGUUUCCACCAUCCUGCCGUUUGAGGAUUAUUACUUUGUACAGGAGGGUCCCCCACUCCUGAUGUUUCCCCACUCUUAACAUGAUGCAGUCCUCUGACGUUUGUCGUCCUCUGUGCCAUAAUAGUGUUAUGAAAAAUAAAGGUUAUAACUCUGUGGGCACAGACUGAAAGCUGAAUCACCAGUCACUUGACCUCUGGUGUUAAUUUCAAAGCAGUAAAGCACGACACACUGUGUUAUUGUGCCUUUUGAUCACUGUUGCACAAACACACAUAAAGCAUAUUCUCACUUGUAGUCUUAUUUAGAACUUGGUCUGUUUUUUUUGUUUGUUUUUUUUUCACCCCGUUUUUACAUGUGUAAUCCUUUCUCCUUUUUCCUACCUGGUGCCCACAAAUAUCUUUGGCCCACAGUGUGUGAGUGACCCCCCGAACCCCCCCAUCUGUUGGUCACAAAUGGCACCAACUGUUAUCUGCUUUCUUCAGCAGGGAGUGGUGGUCACCUUUUUUCCACCUCGCCUCAUUCCUGUAGAGACAAAGCCUGAACCUCAACACUGUUCUUUUGUUUUUUAUUGAUCUUUAUUUGUCUUUUAGUAUCAAGGGGAGGGGUUUCUGUAUUUUUUUUUCUUGCUUGGACGAUGAGAACGUACACACACACACACAACAUUAACCGAAAAUAUACUACUUACUCCCUAAAUGGAGUUUUUUGAUCUCAGGUUCCACUGACAAAGCAUCACAAGAGGGUCUUCAGAUGAGGCCGAGGAUUUAUGUUACAAAGCAAGUAAAGUGUACUGAAAAGCUUGUCUCCUGUCUU